AUGGACCGUCCCAUCGAUGAUAUAGUCAAGAACCUCUUGAAAUUUGUUGUCAGAUGUUUCUACCCAGGAGCGUAUGUACUGGUUCUAGAUGCAAUUCUUUUCCAUUCUGUGCUUUCUGAAGAGGAUUUAGCGCAUCUACUCGGGAUAAAACGGCCUGAGCUGCGUGGUCUUCUGACAAAGCUACUUGAAGAUCGAAUGCUAGCAGUACACUCUCAGCAGGAGUUUCAUUUCAACACUAGGAGCAUCAAAAGAUAUUACUAUUAUAUCAAGUACCCUCAAGCCAUAGAUGCUAUAAAAUGGAAAGUGCAUCAGAUCGUAUCGAGGCUGAAAGAUGACCUGGACAAGAACUCAGCCCCUCAGGGCUACAUGUGUCCUAUAUGCCAAAGUAAGUAUUCUCAGCUUGAGGCUGUGUCACUACUGAACUAUGAAAAGACCCAAUUCUUGUGCAGCUUGUGCGAAGAGCCGCUAGUGGAAGAUGAUUCCGGAAAGAAAUCGAAAGAGAAGCAAAUCAAGCUUAACAGGCUCAUGGAUCAGGUUCAGCCUAUUAUUGACUAUCUUAAGAAAAUCGACGAUUCUCGAAUCGAAGAAAACACAUUCGAAAGCUCACUGGCGAGACUGAUUCCGCCUCAAAACAACUCUGUCGCUUCAUAUACUGUUAAUCCCCGGUCCAAAAAGAGUAAGAUGUUUACGCCUGGUGACAACAGUAACUCUGCCUUGGAUAAUGCUAGCAGCAGACGUGCCGGUGCCAAGUCGCAGGCAACUUUGCACGUGAAUAUCACUACUGCAAGUGACGAGCAGGCUCGCAACGAGCAAGAAGAGAAAGAAAUGGAGGAAAAGAGAAAGCAAAAUGCUCUGCCAGCAUGGCACGAGCAAAGUACUGUAGGCAAGACCGCUCUUGGAAAGUUAGACGGAGACGAAGACGUUGCUGAUGGGGCGCAAAUUCCAAACGGCAAUGGACCAGAGCAUUCAGAUGAUCCCGCCGAUACGCAGGCUACACCGGUUGCAGAAGAUAUACCUGAGCCCGCUCCGCAACUGACUCAGAAAGAGAUUGAGGAAAGAGAAGCAGAAAGAACGCUUGCAGAUUAUUACGCCCAACUUGCGAAAAAACAAGCCUUGGAAGAUGAAGACGACGAUGGGGAAGAUGACGAGGUGGAUGAGGGUGUGGAGUUUGAAGACGUUGGUAGCGACAAUGAGAACGAGGGCACCUCCCCUUCCGAAAAUGUUACCACCUCACAAGAGGUUGCAUCGCAGGUCACUGAAUCAAAAGCCGCAGAAGAGUCAAGUGCAAACAAUCGAAAGCAAACUGAAGAAGUUGACGAUGAUGAUAUGGAUGCAGAGUUUGAGGAUGUUUAG